AUGGAUUGCCUUGUUAAUUUGCUAUUAGUACACCACAAGUCUUGUUGCCCGUCAUCGUUAACUUAUCAGCGGCCACCGUGCCCCCCUGGACCGCCUCCACCUUGGCCUCCUGGACCGCCUCCGCCUUGGCCUCCUGGACCGCCUCCGGCUUGGCCUCCUGGACCGCCUCCGCCAUGUCCUCCUGGACCUCCUCCGCCAUGUCCUCCUGGACCGCCACCCCCUUGGCCUCCUGGACCUCCUCCGCCUUGGCCUCCUGGACCGCCUCCGCCUUGGCCUCCUGGACCGCCUCCGCCUUGGCCUCCUGGACCCCCGCCUCCUUGGCCUCCUGGACCGCCUCCUUGGCCUCCAGGACCGCCACCUUGGCCUCCUGGACCGCCGCCUGGAGGUCCAUGGCCAUGAUCAUGAGGGCCGGCUCCUGGGCGGUGCAUCUUCUUGAAUUGGUUGUUGCAGUUGCAGAGAGACUCUUACUCUUGGUGUGAUUCUUACUUGUUGAGCGGUUGAAUGUUGAUGUGGCGAAUUGUUGAAGAAAGCAGUGGCUUUUAUAAUGCAAUAUUUAUUGUCGGUAAUACAAAACACAAAGCAAUGUCCAC